AACCGUUUAUUACCUAGCGGCUUACGCGGACAGCGUCCCCCACGAUCUGCUUGCGGUGUCCUAGUCAUUUUCAAGCAGAGGUGCUCUGUUUGUGUGUGCUGCAAUUGCGUUGGCGUUUUUGGUGCCGGAUUAACACACAUUUAAUAUGAAUAACUUGGCAGGGCAGCUGGGUAAAGCCCCUAAGGGUCUCGGCCUAGGUCUAAAACUUCUUGGCGUCGCUGGAGCCGGCGUGUAUGGACUCUCACAGUCCACAUACACUGUGGACGGAGGUCACCGUGCCAUCAUCUUCAGCCGGCUGGGCGGCAUUCAGAACACCAUCUACACGGAGGGUCUGCACUUCCGCAUCCCCUGGUUCCAGUACCCCAUCAUCUACGACAUUAGGUCGCGGCCGCGCAAGCUCUCCUCUCCGACCGGCUCCAAGGACCUGCAGAUGGUGAACAUCGCGCUGCGCGUGCUGGCGCGGCCCGACGCGCUCGCCAUCCCGCGCAUCCACCAGCAGCUAGGCAGCGACUACGACGAGAAGGUGCUGCCCUCCAUCUGCAACGAGGUGCUCAAGUCGGUGGUGGCCAAGUUCAACGCGUCGCAGCUGAUCACGCAGCGCUCCCAGGUGUCGCUGCUGAUCCGGCGCGAGCUCACCGACCGCGCCCGCGACUUCAACGUCAUCGUCGACGACGUGUCCAUCACGGACCUCACAUUCGGCAAGGACUAUACGGCCGCUGUGGAAGCCAAGCAGGUCGCCCAGCAGGAGGCGCAGCGGGCGGCGUUCAUUGUGGAGCGGGCGAUCCAGGAGCGGCAGCAGAAGAUCGUCCAGGCCGAGGGAGAGACGCAGGCCGCCGAGAUGGUGGGUAAGGCGAUCAGCCAGAACCCGGGCUACCUGAAGCUGCGCAAGAUCAGGGCCGCCCAGAACAUCGCACGCACGGUGGCCCAGUCACAGAACAAGGUCUACCUCAAUACGGGCACGCUCAUGCUGAACAUCAACGACGAUCAGUUCGACGCCAGCGCCGACCGGCUGAAGAAGUAGUCGUCGCCUUCCCGCGGGACGGUGGCGAAUGUUGUGCGCGGAUAUGAUUGGGACGUGGGUUCGAAUCCUGAUUCGGGCCGUUUUUUGUAGACCCCGGGCUGGCGGUGGGGUUUAUGACUGCUGUAGCCGUUGUGGCUGGAUGUUCACGCUGACGCUGAUCGGUUCUGAGAUGCUUUUUGGAUCGGUGUGCCGGUGCGGUGUGUAACCUCCGGUUCUGCCCAGGUCGUGAGGCACCGCUGACUCGGUGAAAGUCGUCGGUCCGCGUUGUCCUGAAGCGCGAGUUUCAUCGAGUAAGCGUGCUUCACUCCUCCGCUCGUGAUAGGUGCGCUCCCGGGAAUGACAGUGCUGCUGUGUCAUGUGACCACUGGAAUAAAUGCAUUACUACAGAU